AAAAAAAACUUUAAGUCAGGAUCACCUUAAAAAAAUAUAAUCAUGAACAUGAAUCCGCUGGACAAAAUACAUGCACUUGAUGAAAUUGAAAAAGAUAUAAUACUCUGCAUGCAGAGUGCAGGUCAGGCGUUGCAAGAGCUGGGUAAGGAGAAGACUUCUCAGAAAAGUGCCGAGACACAAUCUCAGCAAUUUUUGAAGAGUUUGUCUAGUGUUGAGUCUAAACUCUCGGAGCAAAUCAACUAUCUCACACAAGUUUCUACCGGUCAACCACACGAAGGAUCUGGAUAUGCCUCCGCUAAAGUCUUACAAAUGGCUUGGCAUCGUAUUCAACAUGCGCGCUCUCGUGUACGUGAAUUGGAAGAGACCAAGGCCAAACACUCCCAUGCAGCUAGACAACAGCAACAGAAGCGCCAACAAGAACAUGCAGCUGCACAGCAACAGGCCGCAGCCGCCGCAGCCCAACAGCAGGCGACAGGUGGUAGUUCAGGAUCUACAGACGUCAGUGGUGCAGGCAUUGGCAAUACUUCCAGUGUUAGUGGAGUAGCCACUGAUAGCGGCGGUAGUAUGUCCGCGAGCUAAUUGCAAAUUUAGGCUCUGCCAAUAACAUUUUC